AUGCCUUAUAGUGCUUAUUCUCCACUUUGUGAACAUGCUUUCUAUAUAUCUAUUAAUAAUUAUCAUUCUGUAGAGGAUUCUACAGUACUAUAUAAGUGGAAAAUCUUAGAUUGGAUGUUAACAAAAAUGUCAGCGAAUCCAUGUAAAAAAGCUACAAUUAAUAGUAUUCUUCAUUAG